AUAUUAUGAAACGACACCGUGAAAGCAACGAGUAAUAUUACUUCUACUGCUGUUAGGUUAGGUCUUUCUCGUUUUCACUAUCGUCGCAACUUAGAGUUCACAGUUCAGCUAUGGCGACGACGACGGAAGAGAAUGUGAAGAAGAAGAAAGAAGGAAGCAAUCUAUUAGGUUCACCAACAUUCAAAGAAAUCGAAAACGGUAGAUUCAAAUGCGUAGAGACGGGUCACGAAGUUCUCUCCAAAGAUAUACCUUUUUAUUCUAACAGUAAAAAGUGUCGUUUGGGUCUCAUCGAUUUCGCUUUGUCUAAUAAUAAAUCACCUCUUAAUAUGUUCAAUCAAGAUCCUCUUUCUCGUUCGAAAUUGAUAUGUAAGUUGACUGGUGAUAAGGUUAAUAAGUCUGAGGAACAUAUUUGGAAGCAUAUGACUGGCAAAAGAUUUCUCAAUAAAUUAGAGCAACAGGAAGAAGGAAUUGAAAAUGGUGAGAGCUUGCAAGAGCAGCCAAGUGCAGAUUGUGGAACUAAAGCUGAAAUGAAGAAGAAGAACAAGCAGCCGAACAAGAAAAAGAAGAAGUCAAAGAAGAAGAAGGAUAAGAGAGUUGAAGAUAUUAUUUCUGAAGUUAGGGAGCCUUCUAACGAGGAAACUGACACAGAAGAGGAAGACUUCUGGAUGCCUCCUGAGGGAGAACGCUGGGACAACGAUGAUGGAGGAGAUCGAUGGUGUUCAGGUUCAGAGUCAGAUUCAGAUUCGGAACAGGAAGCUGAAGAAGGUGAUGUAAUUGAUGGUGAUGCUGCCCAGGAUUGCAAGGAGUCAGAAGAGUUAUCCACAAGAACAAAAAGAAUGUCCAUAGAAAUUGGACCUAGCAGCUUUGCUUCUAGAAAGAAGAAAAGUAAGAAGAACGACGAUGACGAGACUUGAUAUAUGUUAGUAACUUAAAUUUAGGUGAAGAGAAACUAGUGCAAGACAGAACUUUUGUAGCAAAUGGGUGAAUUAAAUUAAGUCUGAUGAGGAUAUUUUCAUUAUGAUACAAAGUGGAUUCGAGUACAAAAUGCUUUUUUCCAAAUGAACUGUAAGUUUUGUUUCCAAUUAAGCACUACAAUUGUUGUAAUAUUCCCUUAUAUCAGUUAUAUGUGGGUAGCAAAUUUUGUGGAGAAUACUGAAUAAACUUAUAUGGAUGAGUUAAUUGUUUUAUUUGGUAAAAA